ACCGGUAUUAAACUGGUUUAAUCUUGAGAGACGCGGUUACGCGGGGAGGGAAAAAUCUUUUCUYCCAAUCUCCCGCGCGAAGACGAAGGCUAUCGACAAGAACUCGGCAGCCAAUUUCUCAUUUGGAAGAAGACUUGGAGAUUAUUGGAGACAAAAAUCUGCUCUCCUGCGCGAAUACAAAGUUCUGUCGACAAGAAAUUUCUCUUUUGGAAGAAGACAAACUUGGGGAGUACUGCAAAGGAUUGCAGAGAAAAUUCUUUUCUCCCGCGCGAAAAGAGUUUUUCACGAGAAGACAAACUUGAAGAAGACAAGGUUCUGUCGACAAACUUGCAUAGUUCUUCACGAGAAGGUUCCGUCGACAAGGUUCUUCACAAGAAAGAAAAAUGGUUAGGGUUCGUGCAAGGUAGCUAGCACAGCUUUUGUUCUUCUAAGAGAGGACGAGAAAGAAAAUUUUCAUAGUUAGGGUUCGUGCAAGGUAGCUAGCAGGGAUUUUAUUCUUCGAAGAAAGGAAAAUCCCUUUGUGUUUGAGGAGGAAAUUUCAAGCAAGCACCACUGAUCUUUGUUCGUUCGAGCAAGAGAGGAGAAGGCUUUGAGGAGACACUUUUGAUCUCAGAAUUGUUAGACCAAGCAGAACCAGAAUCAACUUCCUGAUCAACUUCCUGAGCAGCUAUACCAAUAUGUUAUUAUCAAGUGAAUACAGAUCAACUUCCUCUGUGCAUAGAAAAUAUUCCCCAUGUGAUCCCAUACCAUGUGAAUACAGAGUAGUUUCUUGCUGAUUUCCCCCCAAAAAAUGUCGGUUAAGUUGUAUUCCAUUUUCAAGACCUGAAAAUGGAAGUUAAAGAUCUGGAGAGGAUGGUUAUAGCUAAACCUGUUGCUUCAAGACCUUCUUGUUCCAGUUUCAGGUCCUUCUCAGAGCUUCUUGCAGGUGCAUUUAAUGCCUCACCCCCUGGUGCAUAUACUGAAACAGUAGUUGCUGCCAUUAGACCCAAGACAGUGAGAUUCAAGCCAGUGGCAAAUCAUGAUCUGGAUGGGAUGACUUCAUCCCAGGGUGAGAUAUCGGGAACAGCAGCUUAUUCAUCUGAAAAGGUCUCAAGACCAGACUGCAAAUCUACUGUAGUAUACAAACCCUUGGCAAAAUUUGUUUCAAGGAGAACUGCCUCUCUGUUGGCAAAUUUGGGAAAUUUUGGUAUUAGUCACCAACAAACCCUAUUUCAACAUGGAGACAAAACCAAGCAGCCUUCACAAAACCAUCUUACCUCAAAUCCUAAUGGGAAAUUGCCAUCAGAGUUGGAAAAACAGAUAAUUGAGCCCUCAAAGAUGGCUACAUAGAUAUUGGAAGAGAGUCAGAGGGCUGUACCUGCAACAACCAGUGGGGUAUGAUGGGUAUAAUUGGAGAAAGUAUGGGCAAAAGCAAGUGAAAGGUAGCGAGUACCCAAGAAGUUAUUACAAGUGUACACACCCAAAUUGCCCUGUGAAGAAGAAGGUUGAGAGAUCAUUUGAUGGACAGAUUGCAGAAAUUGUAUACAAGGGUGAACAUAAUCAUCCAAAGCCUCAACCUCCUAAAGGCCACUCAUCAGGGGCACAAGGGAAAGAGUUUGUUUCUGAUGGGAUUGGCCAAGAUACCAGCUAUCAUUGGAUAUUGUAUUUUUUUUUAAAUGCCUUGUACUUUUUUAUGUUAAUUGGAUAUUGUA